AUGACAUUAUUCCCAUUAUUGUUGUUCCUGGUUGCUGUAUUGCCCACAGCCCUUCCUCAAGAUGACUAUGAGGUAUGGAAUAAAAAUUUUGAGGAUUUGACAACCACUAGAGUGUCAGUCCAAGAAGAGAUUGUAAACAAGCACAACCAACUGAGAAGAAUGGUUUCUCCACCUGGUAGUGACUUACUAAAGAUGCAAUGGAGCAAUGAUGCCCGAGUGAAUGCGCAGAGAUGGGCAAGCCAGUGCACUUAUGAACACAGUGCUCUAGAAGCCAGGACCACCAACUUAAUAUGUGGUGAGAAUAUCUUCAUGUCAAGUUACCCAGCAUCAUGGUCUCGUGCAAUCCAAACCUGGUAUGAUGAAGCCAAAGAUUUCAAGUUUCAUUCAGGCCCGAAAUCACCUAAUGCAAUAAUUGGACAUUAUACUCAGGUUGUUUGGAACACAUCUUACCAAGUUGCCUGUGGAGUUGCUAAGUGCUAUGGGGAAUUACUGAAAUUCAUAUAUGUUUGUCACUAUUGUCCUCCUGGUAAUUUUGUAAGAAGGCAAUACAUACCUUACACAAUAGGACCACCGUGUGCCCUUUGUUCUGAUCACUGUGAUGAUGGACUAUGCACAAAUAUGAAUACUUGAAUAUUCGGUAAAUGUGAAUAUGAAGAUAAGUAUUCUAACUGUGCAGAAUUGAAGGCUUCACUAACCUGUGAAUAUCCAAUGGUUAAACAAGAGUGCAAAGCUACAUUCAACUGU